CGGAGUAGUGUAGGCGACCAACCUCUCCGACACACCGACAGACGCCGAUAAUAAGACCCUCUUCCCCAACUCCCAACUUCUCGCACGACAAAACACACGGCGAUCGGGCCGCACCGCUCAUUACUAACUGCAUUUCCGACUCACAGUCAAUCACUUUGCAAGGCAAUCAAUCGGACAACGAUAUUAUUCCCCGCUAGAGGCAUGUCGUUCGAUCAGCUCUCGUCGCUCGAGGCGGGGCGCCGCCGGGGCGCUCCUGGAUACAGCGACGACCCCGAGUUCCAGCGGCUGUCGCAGGACCUGAUGAACAAGCUGUUCAAGCUCAACGGCAACAACCAGCGACUGAGCGCAGAGGUCGGCUAUCUGGGGACACGGCGCGAUACGCCACGGGUGCGAGAGCGGGUGCAUGAGCUGAUCGAGGAAUCGCGCGACACCUUCAAGGAGGUGGGCGAGGGCGUCAAGAAGAUCCAGACAUGGGAGGAUGUCACACCAACGCAAAAGUACAUGCAACAAAAGCUCUCGCGCGAGUUCCAGUCCUCCCUUUCCGAGUUCCAAUCCCUCCAACGGCAGGCUCUCGAGAAGGAAAAGGCUUCCGUCUCGGCCGCCCGCGCGGCAGUCGAACAAGAGGCCGCAGCGGGCGGUGGCGCCGGCGCCGGCAUCGGCGGUCCGGGGAGCCCGCAGCUCCUCCAGGAACAGCAGCAGCAGCAGCAGCAGCAGCAGGAGCUCGCGCGGCUGGCGCCGCAGGACGAGGUCGACUUCCAGGAGGCGCUCAUCAUCGAGCGCGAGGAGGAGAUCCGCAACAUCGAACAGGGCGUGGGCGACCUCAACGUGCUGUUCCAGCAGGUCGCCCAGAUCGUGACCGAGCAGGGCGAGGUGCUCGACACGAUCGCCAACAACGUCGAGAACGUGCGGGACAACACGCGCGGCGCCGACCGCGAGCUCCGGAGCGCCGCCAGGUACCAGAAGAACGCCCGGAGCAGGGCGUGCUGCUUGCUCAUCAUCUUGACCGUCAUCCUGACCAUCAUCCUGUUGGCGGUGUUUUUGGGCUGAGAACAAGACGGACGGGUCAUUCCCUUGUUGUUAUUAUCAGGGAGGGAAAUUGUGGCAUUUUUAUGGGGCGGCGGUGUAAUGGUCUCUCUUUUUUAUUUGUGGUAUACAGGGAGGCGUUCGGAGUUGGCCUCACGGGUCAUGUAUGUUGUGUGAGGAUUUUCAGGUUCGAAUCGAUUCUUCUGUUUUUUCUUUUU